AUGGCAGCCACCAUCGACCCAGCUACAAGAAAGCGCGUUCUGCGAGUGAUUGCUUUCUCGUUACUCCUCGACUUAAUUUCCUUCACAUUCAUCCUCCCACUCUUUCCAAGCCUACUUGAAUUCUACCGCGAUAGCGAAGCUCCGGCCCUCGUCGAUGGCGGUCCUCCGACCCUAUUGCAGCGCAUUAUUAGCGGCAUGAACAGCUACAAGGCGUCGUUUGCGCGACCGAUCGAGUCCCGUUACGAUAUUGUCUUGCUUGGUGGCGCAAUGGGCUCUCUAUUCUCUCUUCUCCAGGCCGUUGCAUCCCCCCUGAUCGGCCGUCUUUCCGAUCGGUACGGCCGUCGCAGAGCUCUCCUUGCCUCCAUGACCGGUAACAUAAUCUCCGUGUUGCUCUGGGUCGCUGCGGUCGAUUUUCGAACUUUUAUUGCGAGCCGUGUUGUCGGCGGCCUCUCCGAGGGUAACAUUCAGCUAGCCACAGCCAUGGCAAGCGACAUUUCGGAUGAGGCGUCGCGUGGCUCAACCAUGGCCAUUAUCGGCGCCUGCUUCUCAGUUGCCUUCACUUUUGGCCCUGCUCUGGGUGCCUGGCUCAGUACCAUUCCCUCUGUCAAGAGCAAUCCGUUCGCAACAGCCGCUGGUGUCAGUCUCGCGCUCAUAGUACUGGAAACCGUCUACUUGUACUUCUGCCUACCUGAGACGCUCCCCGCCAUUACCGGCAAAACAGCAACUCUCGGACGCAACGCAAAGCAAAAUAGCAACGGCAACGGCAGUAGCGCCAAAGCAGCUGCACCAAAUAAGUCCGUCGAGAGAACAAACUCGCACGUUAUACUGAACGCCCUGCAUUUUGUCUUUCUACUGUUCUUUUCCGGUAUGGAAAGUUCGCUGUCAUUUAUGACCUACGAUCUCUUUUCGUUCACAUCCGGCAACAACGGCCGUUUACUCGGCUUCAUUGGCCUCGUGGCAUCUAUCCUUCAAGGCGGCGUGACCCGGCGGCUACCGCCGCUGACAUCCGUACGCCUUGGUACGACGGCCUGCCUGGCUGCCUUUGUCUUGCUCGCGCGCGUCAACACUACUGGGGGCCUCUACGCGGCUGCAACCUGCUUGGCUAUUACCUCAGCAACUGUGGUGACGGGUUUGAAUGCGCUUAGCAGUUUCGAGGCCGACGAGGAUGAGAGAGGCAGUAAGCUAGGCAACCUACGUAGCUGGGGCCAGCUUGGUCGCGGUCUAGGGCCAAUUCUAUUCACCAGCAUUUACUGGUGGGCGGGCAGAGAAUAUGCCUACACGGCCGGAGCCACCGGUACAGCAGUGGUCGCUGCUGCUGCGUUUGGGCUCCUGAAAACACCCAAGGCGUCGAUGAAAAAAGCGACGACCAAGAGCUCGUAG